AUGGACAAGAAGCCCUGUGAGCGUGAGCAGGAAGCCCGUGACGUGAGCAGGAGGGUGGAGUCUGAGCACAGGAGGGUGGAGUCUGAGCGCAGGAGGAUCUCCACCUCUCCAGGAAAUGAAACCGUCGUUUUACUUUCUCUUGGUUUAAACUUCAGAUGUUCGAGUUUUAAACAGAUAUGUAAUGGCAGACUUCCUGUAAAUCCUUGUUUGGUUUUGAUUGGAUCCAGUUUUGCUUUUACUGGCUUAUUCUACCAUUUGUACAGAGAAAAGAAAAAAGAGAUACAACAGCUGAAGGAAAUACCCCAUUUCAAGCCAGAUCAGGGUUUGUUGAAGGCACUGAAGGCUUCGUCCCACAAGCGGAUUCCUUAUGUUGCUGUAACAGGUCGGGUCCAAGCAGACGGAGAGCCACUGGCCAGCCAGUUCAUCCCACGGUGCUUUGGUGUGGUUCAGAAAGUCAGCACAGAGGAGCACUGGAAAUACUGGAACUCUGUCACCAAAACAUGGAACUCACGAACAAUGAACAGAAAAGAAACCAAAAACUCUGUGUCCUUCAGUCUGGUGCACCCUGAGGCCACCAUGAAUGGUCUGUAUGUGAAGGUGCACACCCCUCUGGAGGCCUCUGGGUGCUAUCUUGAGAGAGUUCACCACAGAGUAAGAUCUGCUGAGCAGGACUUGGUGAAUGUGAUGCUGCAGGGCCUCAGUGCAGAGAAACCUGUGGCGCUGGAGGAAAGUGAGGAGCUCCUGCGUGUGGGCAGCAGUCUGACUGGGUUUGGGGAGGUGGUUCUAGAAGGAAACAAGGUGAUGAGGCUGCAGCCUCCAUACAAUGGACGCCACUACAUCCUGGUCCCUUCUGACUACAGGAGCUUCAUGGACAGACAUGAGCAGUCAGCCAGUAUGUGGAAGGUGCUCACAGCCAUGUCUGGGAUCACUGGGUUUUCCAUUCUCGCUGGGGUCAUUUAUGGGUUUGUUGGUAGACAGGAUGACAGAACUAGGUAGGCCUAAAACAAUGCAUCCUGCAGGGUUAACAGCUGUUAUCCCAAACCCUACAGCUGGUCCAUCACUGGAUGGAUGUUACAUUUGUUAUUCAAACUGACAAUGUGCCAUGUGUGAAUAUUAGGGAUACGUUUUUGCAACCCCACAGUACUGUAUUAUGCUCUGAUGAGCUUUUGCUAGACAACAAUGAAAAUCAAUGGAGUUUGUUUUUGAUCAUAAAAAUUCACCCAUGACUAACUGUGAAAUUUUUAUACUCUAUUGCAUUUGAGUGGAUUUUCAAAAACUAGAACCCUAGUUGAAUAAUAAACAAAAAAGGGAAAAAGCAUGAUGACUGAGCAAUACGAUUCAAUCACCACUGAAGUCAUACAAAUGCUAAGAAUUUAUUGAAAGCCGAGUGCUAUGCAACCAUGACCAUAUUCAAACAAGAUUUACAUGAGGGUGCAAACGUGGGUUUGCACUUAUUAAAGAUAGUUCAGAAGUGAGCUCAUAUUACUUACUUAUGCAUAAAAGUUCAUCUAAAUAUGAUACAGGAAAUUGUUUAUGAGGAAAGAAAUUAAAAUGCUGUAUCCCUAGUGAAUAUUACAUAUACAAAUAAUGAAUGCUUGAGUUCAAUGUUAUGAAUAUUUCAGGUGGAUGAGUGCAAGUAGACCUCCAAUAUACAGAAUGUGGGUGCUACAAACUACUACUACAGUGGAUGAAGACAGGGCCCAUAGUCUAUUAACACACAGUUUUGUAUGUCUGAUCCUUAUUGUAUUCAGCAUCCAAGUCACUGUAUGAGAUUAUUUGUGGUGGUAAUCUGUUGCAGGGGGUUAAAUAAAAGGGUUUUUUUCCCCCUAAAGUGCUC